AAUAGCAUGGAACUUUAACACAGCAGUCCAUGCUUUACCAGCUCACAACAAACUACAGAAAGCUUGUGCGGUGCUGCGGAAACUGAUGGCCUUCAUCCUGGGCCUUCCUCAGUCGGCUCAGGUUGACGUUGUCGACUCCCUUAUUUACCUGACUGAGCAAUUACUGAAAAGCCCUUUUGAGAAUAACAGCACUCUGGACUUCAAAAUUCCUGUGACUGUCUGCCUCUUUCACUCCCUCAGCGAUGUAGUGAAAGCCGGUAAAGCAAGCAGGCCGAGCUCCAAGCACGACAUUGAGCAGGUAGAAAAUAUUCUGAAAAUGUCCUUGCUGGUCCUUGGAGAGAUCCAGGAAAUAUUUGUACAGCAGAGUCAGCAUUCCGAGCCCUCGGUGACUUUGACCUCCUCCGUUGCUUCCCUGAUUUUGAGCAGGCAAAACAUAUCAACUUUGCCUCUGAGCUCUUACACUCUUGGAUACCCAGCACCUGUGAGGUUAAGCUUCCCAUCAGCUUUGGCUUUGAAGGAACUCUUGAAUAAACACUCAGGAGUUAAUGUUCAAGUAACAGGACUGGCUUUCAAUCCCUUCAAGGAUUUUGAUGACAAGAACAUUGUUGGAAGCAUCGGAAGUGUGUUACUAAGCUCUAAUCGUAAUUUGCUCAAAGUCCAUGAUUUAAUGGAAGGUAUUGAGAUCAUUCUCUGGAGAAAUGCAAGCAUGGAAACCUAUGCCACCAACGUCAACCUGAGCACAGACCAUUUUACUGUCACAGUGAACAUCACUUCCCUAGAGAAAUCCCUGAUCCUGUGCAUAGAGCCCGAAAGUCCUGUUUCAGUGACACUCUACUUGGGGUUCCAGUAUCAGCCCAACCACACUUCCUUCCACCUGAACAUCACCCUUCCAAAGGCUCAGGUGCAGCAGAAAGGUGAGGAGUACGCGUGGGAGUACACGUGGGUGCUGACUCCAGAGAGUCUGCAGUUCGGGGUCGGCACCUACCACAUCACAGCUGCGUUGAAUGAAAGCAAGGAGGGUGCUCAGCCGGCACCCACCCUGUUCUCCGUGGUCACUGCUGUCACUCAGUGCUAUUUUUGGGACCGCCACAACAGCACAUGGAGGAGCAGCGGAUGUCAGGUUGGGCCACGGAGCACACUUUUGAGGACAGAGUGUCUCUGUAACCACCUGACCUACUUUGGCAGUGACUUCUUCAUUGUGCCCCGGACAGUGAAUGUUGAGGACACGAUCAAGCUACUCCUGCGUGUGACCAACAACCCCAUUGGGGUGUCACUGCUGGCCAGCCUCUUGGGAUUCUAUGUGCUCCUAUUCGUGUGGACUUGGAGACAGGAUCAAGCAGAUAUGCAGAAGGUAAAGGUCACUGUCUUGGCUGAUAAUGACCCCAGCUCUCAGUUUCACUAUCUUGUCCAGGUCUCCACUGGGUAUAGAAGAAGGGCCUCUACAACCGCUAAGGUGGUUAUCACCCUUUAUGGAUCGGAGGGACGGAGCGAGCCCCAUCACCUGUGUGACUCCCAGAAGGCAGUUUUUGAACGAGGGGCACUGGACGUCUUCCUCCUGAGCACUCCGUCCCCUCUAGGGGACUUGCACGGCCUUCGGCUGUGGCACGACAAUUCGGGCGUUAGCCCUUCUUGGUAUGUAAACCAGGUGAUUGUCAGUGAUGUGGCAAGUAACAGGAAAUGGCACUUCCUGUGCAAUUGCUGGCUGGCCAUUGACCUUGGAGACUGUGAGCGUGACCGGGUCUUCAUACCAGCCUCAAAGAAGGAGCUCUUCGCCUUUAGACACCUGUUUUCCUCCACGAUUGUAGAGAAGUUCACCCAGGAUUAUCUGUGGCUCUCGAUUGCGACUCGACAUCCCUGGGACCAGUUUACGAGAGUCCAGCGGCUCACUUGCUGCACGACCCUUCUGCUCUGCAACAUGGUCAUCAACGUGAUGUUCUGGAAGGUGAACAGCCCCGCUGCCCAGAGAGAUGAGCAAGUGGGUCCGUUUGCUGUGACCUGGUCCGAACUGCUUAUCAGCAUCCAAACUGCUGUCAUCCUUUUCCCAAUCAACCUUGUAGUUGGGCGGCUCUUCCCACUGAUUCAACCACAGGAACCUCUGCCUCUUUUUCCACCCGUCCAGCCCUCCUGCCUCUCAGAUGCUUCUUUUGAGCCCCUCUCUGUCUCAGAGGUAGUUGAGGAAUUAAAGGAAACCGUGGGAUUUUUGCUCAGGAGAAAUACGCAGCUUCUCUUAGAGUGUGAACAAUCUUCAUGGAGUUCUUACAACGUGAACGAGCUGGUUGCACUUUUAUCCAACCUCGUUUGUUCUCACUUAGAGGGUCAGGGCUGUCACCAGUCAGCAGGAGGACCCUCCUGGGCAGACAAGGUUCCUGAGAAUCACUAUCAUUUCUGCUGCUACCUGCUCAGAGUCCUGCAGAGGCUGCAGUCUCACUUCAGUGCGUUGGGUCCCACCCAGGCUGACCAGCCUUGUGACUUCCCAGAUGCAUCCAGCCACCUGCAGACACUUCAGGAACUCUUAGAAACACGUACUCUUCCCACAGAGCAAGGGCCGUCCAGGGAGGCAACCAGUUUCCCCAUCCUGAGCCCAGAAGAAGGGAAGAAGUCCACCUCUAAUGGUCUCCCUAAGUGGUUGACUUAUGUCUGCUGGCUCCUUCUGGGGGUCACUAGCUUGGCCGCAGCCUUUUUCACAGCACUUUAUAGCCUGAAACUAAAUAAAGAGCAAGCCACCAGCUGGGUUAUUUCAAUGAUUUUAUCAGUGCUUCAGAACGUCUUCAUCAUCCAGCCAGCCAAGGUGAUCUUCCUCUCAGUGCUCCUGUCGCUGAUUUGGAACAGGAUGCCCUGCCUUAACAAGGAGAAGGAGCAGCAAACGAAGAGGAUCUUGGCACUCUCAGCAAAAUGUUCUUCAUCAUUAGCGGGUUCAAGAGACAAGAGGAACCCCAUCUACGUAGCCCCAGCUCUGAACAGCCCAGUUAAGCGCCCAGAAAGAACCUUGAAGGAGAAAGAACUCUUCAAGCUGACAGGAGAUACCUUAGUACAAAUCCUCUUCCUUGUCCUGCUGAUGACUGCAGUCAACUCCACACAGAACGCCAGUAGAUUUUACCUCCAUCAUGCUCUCUGGAAGAGCUUUACUCACCGUUUCUCAGAGAUCAAACUUCUGGAGCAUUUCCACCCCUGGGCCACUCACACGCUCCUUCCUAACCUGUACGGGGACUACAGAGGAUUUGUUACUGAUGGGAACUCCUUUCUCGUGGGCAAUGUUCUGCUUCGCCAGACUCGUGUUCCUGGUGCCACAGUCUUUCCAUCCAAAGUGUCUCCCCAAGAACAAGUGAAGCCAUCUCACCCCGAUCUGGAGGAUACAGAGAACUAUGGGGUGAACUGGACACCCCCUGAAACAAACACCACGGGCUCAGACAGCAGUUGGCAUUAUCAGAGUCAGGAGACACUGGGUGGCUACCCCAUCCAAGGGGAAUUUGCCACUUACUCGGGUGGAGGAUACGUUGUCAGACUUGGAAGAAAUUCCAGUGCUGCAGUCAGAAUUCUCCAGCACCUCGAACAGAGCCACUGGCUAGACCAUCGCACCAAAAGCCUCUUUGUGGAAUUUGUGGUCUUCAAUGCUAAUGUGAACCUGUUCUGUGUAGUGACCCUGAUUUUGGAGUCCAACCAUGUGGGUGCUUUCUUCGCCUCCGUCAGACUGGACACUUUGACUUCCCUUCAGACAUCAAAGAAGGACUUUGCCUGGUCUGCCGUCUCCCAAGUCAUCUAUUAUCUCCUAAUUGGUUACUAUGGCUUCAUACAGGGCUGCCGGCUGAAACAGCAGGGAUGGAGGUUCUUCACAAGGAAAAAAAACCUUCUGGACAUGAGCAUAAUCCUUAUUGCCUUUGCCAUCUUGGUGCUUGACACGAAGCUUAUUUCCCUACAUAAGAGAAACAUGGCACAAUACCACCACAACCGUGACAGGUUCAUCAACUUCUACGAGGCAGUCAAAGUGAACUCAGCUGUCAUUCACCUCGUGGGCUUCCUGCUUCUAUUGGCAACUGUUCGGCUAUGGAACCUGCUGCAUCAUAACUCCAGGUUGCAGGUCAUCGGUAGAACACUCAACAAAGCCUGGAGCGAGAUGGUGGGCUUCAUGCUGGUCAUCCUGAUCCUGCUGACAGGCUAUGCCAUUGCGUUGAACCUGGCGUUUGGAUGGAGCAUCUCUGAAUACCGAACAUUCUUCAGCUCAGCAGUGACUUUUGUUGGUCUCCUGAUAGGAAUCUCUCAUUACGAGGAGAUUAUCGCUCUAUGCCCAGUGCUGGGCUCCUUUCUGAUCCUCACCAGCGUCAUCUUGAUGGUUCUUGUGAUCAUUAACCUUUUUGUUUCUGCCAUACUGAUGUCCUUUAGUAAAGAAAGAAUGUUUCUUAAGAGUUGGAAAGAAGCUGCACUGAUAGAUGUGCUGCUACAGAAACUCUCCAGUCUGUUAGGAAUACAGUACGCCAGAACACAUGUCCUGGACCCAAGCCAGAAGCCUCUGCAAAGGCCCAAGAGUAUCCAGGCAAACUCACAGACGCCAUCUGGGCUCACAUACAGAGACUACAAUGGGCCCCUUACUGCUACAGGCAUCCACGUUCCCCAGGAAGCCCAAGGAUGAUUCAUAAUUCCUGGAUCUUCAUCAAAAACCAGCAAUGCCUUGGCCAGGUAGCUCAGUUGGUUAGAGCAUCAACCCAAUAUGACAAGGUCACAGGUGUGAUCCCUGGUCAGGGAACAUGCAAGAAUCAACCAAUGAAUGCAUAAAUAAGUGGAACA